AUGGCACGUUGCAUCUGGGCUUUGUCGGACGAGGAGGUUGUUGAUCAUAUGGCCGACAACAAGGAACCAAAUGCCAAGAAUUUCAACUUUGAGAUGGAGGAAUGUUUGAGUCAAGAGCAAUUCUCACUGAUGGUGGUGACACUAUGGUCUAUUUUUAAGGGAGGCACAACCACAGAGCCGACGGCGGCCUGCACGACGACGACUCCGAUGGAUUCUGCAGUCCUCCAGUUCAGGCUAGACUACGAGCAAGUCAAGCGCCUUAGCGUCGACGAUGUCGUCUGCUCUGAGGCCGUCUCCGUCGGCCAACACCUGUGGAGGAUCGACUGUUACCCGCGGGGACCAGAAAAGUACUCCGACAAGGACAAUGGAAAUUAUGUUUCCCUGUACCUUAGGCACAUGAGCAGCUCCAGAAGCGUACAUGCAAUCUUCGACGCCUUCUUGAUGGACGGAAACGGCGACCCAUCAGAAGCACGAAAGACGACUCGACUUCAUAAGUUCGAAAUCAAGGGCGACCCUUUAAGGCGUGACGACUGGGGAUGUCAUCGGUUCGUGGCCAGAACGGUCCUUGAGGAAAACUAUGUUAUUGACGGGCACAUCACGUUCGUAUGCACCGUCAUCGUCAUGCGUGAUACACCUGUCACCGUGCCGCCUUCCGACAUCGGGAACCAACUCGGCUGCUUACUGGAUCAGCCACAUGGGACGGACGUGUCGUUCACCGUUGACGGAGAGACAUUCCCGGCGAACCGAGCGAUUCUUGCAGCCCGCUCGCCCGUCUUCAAGGCAGAGCUUUUUGGGUCCAUGGCCGAAGCUGCAAUGUCAUCCAUCACGCUGCAUGAUAUCAGAGAAUCCCUGCUAGCAUUGAAGACCAAGACUACAGUGGCAUUGAGACAGCACCCAGAGUUCUUUGCCAUCAGCAUGGCGUGGCGGCUGAGAGGCGUGUAG